GCAACCUAGACGAAAUUGACCGGAUAUACCUGAGUGUUGGGAAUGUUUGUGACAAUAUUACCAAUUUCGCAUUUACCUUCUUCUGAGGUGGGGUGCAAUUGAUGCUGAAGCAUAUCCUGAAGCCUCAAAGAAUGUCUUGCAAAUCUUGUGGAGUGUUAGCAUCUCUGGUCACCCUGGUCUGGAGUCACAAUGGGCCAAGGCAAGGGCCUCUUCCUUAGAGGCCUUAGCCCAAUAUGAGAUAUCACAUAUUGAUCAGAACAUUCAAGAUUUCAAGAAAAGGACCACAGAGUUGCUUUUUUCUGAAACAAAUAUUACUGUACUGAGGGCCAUGGAAGAACUUCAAGUCAAGAUCAUAACAUAUGAGCACUCACAAGGCGAAGAUUGGUUAAAGAGAAAAGGGUUUCAGGAAGUAAGAUCGAAAAGCUGCUGGAUGUGUUUCCUCAGGUGAUCUUUUCUUCAGGGAAAAGAAUUGACACUAGAGAGUUACCUGGUGCAGCCCUGCUAUGUCUUUCUUUCACUCCUAAAGAUGUAAACACCUGAGGGACAUCAAAGGGAUUGCGGGAUGUACAUGCUGGAUAUGAGAAGGCAUUGUUGGAAAUAGCUUCAUCUCUUCAGCUCUCGAGAAAUAUUUUUAUUGCCCUUAUUUCACUGCAAUCAUGGAAGUCCUUUGUGCGGCGUUGGGUGAGGGCAGAUGUCUUGUCCUUUGAUGCUAAAGUGCCAUCUGUCCUCUUGGAUAAAACCACUAAAGCUGCUAGUGACAUUCUGAAGAGUAUGAUAAAAGCAGCUGAAGAGGCUAUUCCUAGAUCUGCUGAAAACAUUGCACUAGCUAUUGGUGCACUUUGUGUGGCCUUGCCUCCAUCUGCUCAUGCUGUUAGAUCAGAUGCCUCAAAAUUUCUGUUGAAUUGGUUGGUCCAGCAUGAACAUGAACACCGCAAAGGUCUGCUGCGAUUUCUCUUGGAUUGAUCUCAAGUUGCCUGCAUGUAACAGAUCAUAAGCAAAAGUUUGAGAAUAUCACUGGACUUGUUGAGGUUAUGUGUAGUAGCAAUAGCACCCUUGUCAGAGGAGCCUGUGGGCUUGCCUUGGGUUUUUCUUGUCACGAUCUUCUUACCAGGGUUGAUGCUGGUGAUAAUUCUGACAUGGACAAAGAAACAGGCAAGAUGACGGAAGCAGACUUGCUUGGUAUGAUAGUUAAGGCAUUAUCACUCAUGAUAGGUCAGCUCACUCAGUUGCCAUCUGAUGUUAUGGAAAGUCUGUCUGCCUACUUUCCACCUAACGCAUUUGGUAUAGAUAUGAAUAUAACUGCUGAACUGUCACAUGAGAACUCUGAUGACUCUCUCGAAGAUAUCUGGGGUGUUGCUGGACUUGUUCUUGGUUUGGCGAGUUCUGUUGGUGCACUGUACAGAGCUGGGGCACAUGAUGCUGUUCUCAAGAUAAAAGACUUGAUCAUUUCGUGGAUUCCACAAAUGACUACACCAGUUCAAGGGUCUCGGUCUUUUAGUGGGGGUUCUGAGAUAGUUUUAUCCGUAGGAUCCUGUCUUGCACUUCCCAUUGUAGUCGAAUUCUGCCAAAGAUUAGAACUGAUGGAUGAUAAUGAAGUACGCCAUUUAGUGAAUGGCUACAGGGAGCUCAUUUCUGAAUUAUUGUCUGUCAAAAAAUCUGGCACCUUCUAUCACAGCUUACUUAUGGCAUCUUGUAUAGGAGCAGGAAGCCUCCUAGCCUGCAUACUGAAUGGAGGAUUGCAUUCUCUUGAAGUUGAACAUGUAAAAGGUCUACUGGAAUUGUUCAGAAAAUGUUAUUCGAAUCCUUACCCUCCUUUAGUCCAUUUGAGUGGGAUGCUUUGAGUUGUUAAUGCUAUGGGAGCAGGUGCUGGGAUCCUGGUUGACAUGUAUCCUCCAACCUCAAUGCAGACAGCUUAUGAACACAAGGAAUCUCGAUAUCUCAUGGGCCCUCUACUUUCUAGUCCUACUUGCGAGCAGCAUUUGACGUCGUUGAUGCAGGAUAUAUUUCUGGUUGCACAGAAUUCUGAUGACCAUCAAUUGCAACAAUAUGCUGCAUGGGCAGUUUCGUUUCUUCGAAAUCAUCUGUUCUUCAAGGAAGUUUGCAAUUUUGACAAUAGUAUCAAUAGCGAUGGAGGUGGUUCAAAAUCAGUUUCUCAAAGUUUUGCAGAUGACAGUUCAGUUCUGAAGCUUUCUUCAUGGCUGAUGCAUCUCAAUUCUACCGAGACAACCGUAAUAACUGUGAUAAGGUGCCUUUCACAAGCUCCUCGGUUGCCAGCCUUGGAUUGGGGUACGAUCAUCAGACGCUGCAUGAGAUAUGAGGCGCAGGUUGCCGAGUUGUUUCCAACAGAAUCAUCUCUUGAAAAAGGAACCCUAAGGGAGGAAUGUGUAAAAUUCUCAUUGGCUCAUGCCAAUAAAUUUGAUCAGCUCCCAAGUUUCCUGGAUGAGCUGUCCGACUUGUCCAGAUUCAGAACUCUUGAGUUGAAGCUGCAAUCUUGUCUUCUGGAUCAUCUUGUAGACCUCAUUAAAGUAUUCUCAGGUUCCAGGCUUGAGAAAGUAUUUGAUGAUGUGCGUAGCUACUUCUCUUCUGUUACUUCAUAUCAAUCACUUGGCACUGAUGAGAGAAGCUUAUUACGUAUUUCAUGCUGGAAGGGUUUCUAUCAGUGUUUAUACGAGGCUUCUCUUGACUCUCUAGAGUACAUAUCCCAAAUAGAAAAGGGCAUGGAGGUGCUCUUUUCCUUGAUGCCUGCAAUGCAAUUGCCUGCCAUAGAAGGAGGAGGUCAGUUGCGUACUGUAGAGGAGUGGUCCGAGGCGGUUAGAUGCUUUAGGAAGACUCGGAAAAGUUGGUUGUUGGAUUUCCUGCAUGUACUAUAGAUAAUUAGUAAUAUCUGCUUUUAUUGGUUUCCCAGGAGGACCUGCAACAAAGAGAUGGUCAGCUUAUUGAAGUUCUGAAAAAGGUUCAAACCAAAGCUAAGCUUGUUAGGAUUGGUUCCAUCCCAUUGACUGAGCUGGGAA